AGUACUCGCGUCAGGGCCACCAUCACAACCAUCACCAACGUUAACAACCAAGUUGAAUUUGAAGCGAAUGCAAUUCUAUAUACUAUAAAUUUUUCAUCUUUCUGCGUUGAUCCGUGAAGACAAGACAACACUUCUUCUAUUACUUGUAUUUUAGGGUUGCCUAUAAAUCGAUUUUCUUCAACAUCUCACCACGUUGACGUACUCGACCUUUAUUUUGUGGACUUAAACAGUGGUACAACAGCUGAACUUGAAUAGUGGUACGGCAAGAGCACGCGGCUCUUCUUGACAAUGCCUCCUAUCGACUACUCGAAAUGGGCGAACAUCUAUCCAAGAAGAAAACCACCGUCGGGGGAGGGGCUAUGUUGCAAGCACUACACCAAGGAUUGUUCAGGUAUGCUCUGUGCUGCCUUCUUUCUUGCGCGCGAUUGUUGUAUCCUGGACUGGAGUUUCAUCAACAUUCUUUGCUCCUAGUUCUUUUGCAUCGUCUCUAUUCUGUUCAAGAAAGCGACGGUAGCGGCCAUCAAGUUUUGUCAUGAUGAUGACCAGCAAUUAUGAUAUACUUGGUUCGGAGAUUUAUGUUUAAGCAUUUGGUGCUUUUAUUCCGAUAGAGUUUUUUUCUUCUCCUCCUCCAUACAGAAGGCGCCUCCUCGGAUUCCGACGCAACAUCGCACUCAACCGACGAGGAUCAGCACCACAGCGUGCGACUAAGAAGACAGCAUGAUUUUAACUCUGCAGCAGGACCAGGAGCCGGCAAAAACUCAAACUCUAGCUCCAAGGGUUCCGGUGGUGCGGUCGAGAAAAUGUUGCCUGGUGGAACGAUGAGUUCUUCGCCGACGAACUACACCAAUACCCUUCUUGCAACCGAUCCUGCUGCGGCGCACCAGCCAAAGCUUUUGAAGAAAGUAGGAGCUGCACCACAGCCGUCGUCUUCCGGUAGUUGGGGUGGACUUCUUUACGAUAAAAGCAACGCGUCAACAACUCCUUCUGCUUCUUCUUCAUCAAGCCAAACCGGUAAAUCUAAAACAAACCCGCUGAAGUGCAGCUUUUUCGAUAGCGAGCACACCAAACCCUUUCCGGAGGGUUCGUAUCCGUUUUUGACGACUAAGAAUGUUAGCGACGACGUGUUGAACUUUUUCAAGCACCGUCUCACCUACCCCCAAAGGAUGCGGCUCUUCACGGAGUUUUGGAACAAUUCGGACACAAAGCGGGAAAAAUUCAUCCGCCGUCUGAUCGAUCUUUUGGUACGAGAAUGCACAACUGGUACUGUGAGGACCCCUCAUUUGUCAUGCAAAAGUAUCUAUACUAAGGCUGGUCUUUGCUUCUUGGCACUGUUUGCAUGACAGGUGCAGGCUCGUCUGGCAGGAGCCCAAGCAGGACCACGAUCUUGUUCGCGUGAAUCUGUGGUCAUGCAAAUCAACGUGCACUCUUUAUUCUCUUGGUCUUGCCGACGCUUGUAUUGCUGCUUAUGCCCGACAAGUGCGGAGGAGUCCUCGUUGCGCAGUAGUAGAACUCUCAUAACUGGAGCAGACGAACCAGAGGCACUUGGCGAGGAACAUCCGCGGUGGGAUGGAACUUUUGGAGGACGUGAUUCUAGACGAGGGAUCCAUGCAAGUGACGUACCCGGAACUAUCCAGGAAAAACACCCAUCCCCAUCCAUUUUUUGCAUGACAAACAUUGGCACUUAUGCGUGUUUUGCAUGACAAAUUGGAUGGGGAUGGGUGUCUUUUCCUGGAUAGGAACAGUGGGUGUACUACUUUGUCGAGUUGAAAGACAAACCGCAACGGCUGAUCAGUACGGCGGGCACAUCAACUUCAGGUGGAGCUUCUUCUAGCACCUCCUCUACAACUCCGGUCCUGCUCCCGACGCAGAAAUCUCUGGACGAGCAACGGGUGCAGAUUUUCGAAAAGUUUUUUCGCGCACUCCCCAUCGAGGAGCAAAGCUGGGUUGUCGGGGGCUUGUCGGUAUCCUGUGCAAAAGUAUCGUACUCGUAGUACUUAAUUGCACUCAUGCAUUACAAAUUUUUUUCUCAAGGUCAAUCCGAAUUACAAAUUUUAAUUCUCAUGCUGAGGGACUUUGUCAUGCAUUUAUACGAGUGCGAUACUUUUGCAGUUCAUAGUCGGGCUACGGGACCAAUCCGCUGCAGGCAAGAUAAUACAUCUAACCUGGUGCUAAUCCUAAUUGUCUACUCCGAGUGGUUGGGGUUGUACAGCUGUAGCUUCUCGCUCCAGUUUCAUCUUUAUUCACACUCAGCUUCAUUACUCAUCGAUGAGGCUCUGCGACGGCGAUCUGCUGCGAGGGCCGUCACGUCGCUCCCUCGUAGUUCAUCACAACGGCAACUGCUAGCAUUUCGACCCAGCCAUGGCACUUGGCGAUCCGGACGAGCGAGGAAAAUUUAUUGCAGCGUGCGGCCGCCCCCAGCGAUUCUGCCUUUGAUGGUGCUGAGGAGGCCUGUGCUGCUGAUGCAGCAGUCAGUUGUGUGUGGGCGGAGGUUAAUCUCGUGCCUGUGUAGUUUAUUUUGCAAAAGAUUAGUUACAAAAAACAGACACAGCACGCAAAGAACCUGGCUACCUGCUG